UAAGAUGCCAUAAAAGCCAGAUUCCUCAAGAAUGAAUCUGUUGUGAGGUUAAGCACUGUAGUGCAUUGACAAUAUACAGCUCGCCACCGAUUCAUUUCACAAAGAUGCACCAUUCUUUCAAAGCACUGUCCGCAGUGACUUUGGUGCUGUGCAUGGUGGCGUCUGUUAUCGCUCAGAGUAGUUAUUAUUCCGCACCAUCACCACAGCAAUGGUCACUGGACCCAUUUCUGGGCGUUUAUGACCAGUGGUAUUCCAAGGCUGCCGAUGUAUUCGGGAUCAACGACCAGUUCGGACUUCCUCACGAUCUGAUUGAGCAAGGCGAGCGUGUGAUCUACAAAAAGCUCCCGAACGGGCAAUACUCCCAAACCUUAGGACGAGCCAACGCGUCGUACAAUCUGGUCACCGUAUUCGAUUUGGGCGUACAAGGUAUCCAGGAUGUCCCGUUCAUUCCGAACAACACGUUCCAGCACCUGUUUAACAUGAUCAACGCCACCACGCUGAAGGCCAACUUUGUGUGGAGCAAACCGGAUCCCACCAAGACCGUUGUCUGGGAAUCGAUCAUCGCCUUCUACCCGAACGCCACGGGAUACUUUAUUACCGCAACCGUCGCCAGGCCGAUUCCCUUGGUGUCAACAGCGCCAUGGUUCAAAGUUGCCAAUGACGAAGCCAGUGCACCACCAACGAUCUUGAAGGCUCCGCCUGGCCAGUCGUAAACGGCACUUUUGAUUAUAAUAUUAUUAUCAUGUGCAUGACUCGCAAUAGAAACCUUUUAGUUUCAUACAGUUUCGCUUUUGGAACGUAACGGAAUCUUACUGUCUGAUGUCCAAUUUGUCCUAAAGUUUUUUGAUUUCUUUAAUUUUUCUGGUUUUGUACUAAGAUUUGUUUUAUCAAAAACACAUAGCAGAA